AUGGAGAGUGUCGUAGCAGCAUUAUUAGUAGCCGUGGUCGCCGUAGCGGCCGACGAUACAUGUCCAUCGGACUGGACCCAGGACAAACUUCUGGUCCAUGAUGAUUGCAACAAAUUCUACAUGUGCAGAUUUGGUGAACCAGUUGAGAUGACCUGCUGGGGUGACCUUUUCUUCAACAUUGAUACCUGGGAGUGCGACUGGCCCUCGGAAGUAGAAUGCGGUGACAGGAACAUCCCUGGACAAGAGCCUACGACUACUGUUGAGCCAGAAACAGAGGCUACCACCCCUGAACCCACCACUGCUGAGCCUACCACUGCAGAACCUACUACUGCAGAGCCUACUACCGAAGAACCUACCACCGUAGAACCAACAACUGUUGAGCCUACUACCGAAGAACCUACAACUGUAGAGCCUACCACCGCAGAACCUACAACUGCUGAGCCUACCACCGAAGAACCUACCACCGUAGAACCAACAACUGUUGAGCCAACUACCGAAGAACCUACAACUUCUGAGCCUACCACCGAAGAACCCACGACUGCUGAACCUACAACUGCCGAGCCUACUACCACGGAACCCGCGACGGAAGAGCCCGCAACACCCGCGCCUGGGUUUCUCGAGAACGGUUGCCCUGUGGACCCCCACAUCCACUGGCUGCUGCCUGUGGAGGGAGACUGCAACGGGUUCUACUAUUGCGUGUGGGGAGAACUGGUGUUGAGGGAAUGCGCGCCCGUCCUACACUUCAAUAGAGAACUUCAGGUUUGUGACUGGCCCGAAAACGCUGGCUGCGCCACAUCGCUGAAUAAACACAACAUCGGCCAAUACCUUCAACGUUAUUAG